AUGUCAACGCCAGCGGGGAAUCAGGCAAGGGUGCCGGAUGAUAGUCUUUGCGGCAAGUGCUUGAAGAAGCUGUCACUCCUCGCACAGGCGCAGAGGUGUCGGUGUGGUCUUGUCUUCUGCGAUGCACACCGUCCGGUCGAGCGACACGACUGCCAAUUUGAUUACAGGCAUCACGAGCAAACGCGUUUACGCGACGCCAAUCCCCGUGUGACGAAGGCCGCGACCAAGGUCACGACCGACGAGGAGUGGCGGAAAGAGUAUUUUCGACAUCAUCCGCCUCGCAGCGCGUAUGCCGCGGGACAUACCUUAGGCUUUCUCGUUGUGCUGUACUGCCUCACAUACCGCUGGUUCGUCUGCGCGUUGCUUUUUAACGAAGGAGGAAGCAGCACAAGUCCUGGAGGUGGCAGCGAAGGUCUUUUUGCGCAUCUACUUCCAGAUCCGUCGCAGUGGGGACCCACAGCGCAACCUGGUGCAGGAGCUGCUCGUGAUAGUUCCUACAACGGCGAGGAUGCAACAGGAGCAUCAAGUCGAGUCAAUGAGAAGCUUGUAAAUUUGUAUGAUCCCGGAACUUACGCUGACCUCUUUGACGAGGACACCCCCACUGCUUCGACUACGAUGAAAACAAGAGCUGCUUCUACUCAAUCUGGCUACUUAGCGGGAGGUCCCAUAGUGGCCUUCUUUCGCGAAUUGCUUUGUGGUUUCUUCUUCGGCUACCUCCUUGCACACGUCGCACCACACUUAUACGAAAAGCACGUUCUUGGACGGCUAAUCCCGGCGCAACCACUUUGUGGUGGGCAGUGUCGCUACUGUAUUUAAGAACAGUUUCCCACUUAUGCUCUCAUCGUCCCGCGUCCUCGCAGAGUACGUAGUAUCUAUAGUAUGCCCAUAAUUUAUGAUUACUUCGUCGGAUCUAUUCUGUCGCCCUCGGCCUCAUAGAUUUGCUUGAUCCAGUCACAUAGGGAAUUCCCAAAUCAUGCCUACGUACUCAAUCGGGACGGGUCGAUGUUGAUGAAAAGUUUGCAUACUCUAAAGUAUUUUUAGCUGGGAUCUCAUCUCCGGUCCGCGACGGGCUUUCCUAGCAGAGUAUGAAAUGGUGAAAGACCACCUCUUAUUCCACAUCAUCACGCAAGGGCGAAGCAACUGUCUCUCGUACCUCUACACGCAAAACGACCGCUCUACAGCGACGAUCUACGCAACAGUAAAAAACAAACUAUCCGAAUUGUAUUAUGGUGGGAGUAUUAAUAAUAAAUAGAGGUGGACCACGCGACCGGGGUUGAUCUUCAUUCCUACAAUUAUGCGCCGUUGUAGAUCCGGCUUCCGCUCCCUAGGAUUGGGUCAUGUAUUGAGGGGAUUGAGAUGAUUACUUAUGAUCUUUUUUUAGCCUCGGAAGGAAUUUCGAAUUAUACGAUUACGAAUUCCUACUCAACAAGGAAUGAAGCACUGAAAGUAUAUGCGGGGACUUUUUGCAGUAAAACCAUCUCGGUCUUCGG